AUAAAAAAAAAUUCAAAACCCUUGGCCUCCCUUGCCAAAAUCUAACCUCUUCGACUUCUCCCUCUUAUUUAAUUAUUUAACCUAAAUUAAAUCACCCUCUCAUCUCAUUUCUCAGCGACAAUGAUGUCAUCAAAACCAAAUCGUCGGCAAAAAGGCAAACAGAAAUCCGAUUGUGCUCAGAAACCCACCAACCAACUGAAUUUCAAUAAGGAUGAUGAGGACGAAGAAGUGAUCGAAAGAGUUAAGGUCAGAAAACUGAAUUUCAAUACACUGGGUAAGGUCGACGAUCUCCAAAAGAUGAUUUCUGCUGAACAGGUAACAAAGCCAUCAACAUCAAAGUCAAGUCGACGAAAAGGAAAGAAGUCAAACUCUCUUCGGAAACCCAAGCAUGUGAAGCAACCAACAGUGAACUGGUUGGAUCUUCCGUCAGAUGUAAUGGCCAAUAUACUCUCUAGAAUUGGCGUGUUUGGCAUACUUGAUAAUGUCCAAAAAGUGUGCACCACUUGGCAUCAAAUCUGUAAGGAGCCUGUUAUGUGGAGGGCUGUUUCAAUGGACUAUACACAGCGAUGGGGAACCAGGUCUGCAUGUCUAAAAAUUUGCAAGCAUAUUGUGGAUAGAAGCCAAGGCCAGAUGGUUGAUAUCUCUAUCAAGCACUUUUGUGAUGAUGACCUUCUUCGGUAUAUUGCUGAUAGAUCAACUCAGCUUAGACGUCUCGAAGUUAUCUAUUUUUAUGGUAGAUUGGAUAGAGUCUGGGGUGAAUCUUUGAAGAAAUUAUCUUUAUUGGAGGAUCUCAGCCUUGAAAAUACAAAAAUCUCACACCAAGAUAUCGAAGAUGCUGGCCACAACUGUCCUCUGCUAAAAACACUCAAAAUUAAUAAUAAAGCAUAUGCACACUUUGAUGAUUAUGAUGAGGAGUCUGUGACUGCCCAGAAUGUGUUAGCUGUAACAAUUGGGAAAAACCUACCUGAGUUAAGGCAUCUUGAACUCAUUGGAAAUACCAUGAGGAAUACUGGGUUAAAGGCAAUUUUGGAUGGUUGUCAUCACCUCGAAUCGCUUGAUUUGCGUCGCUGUUUGUAUAUUGAUCUGAAGGGAGACCUUGGAAAAAGAUGUUCAGAACAGAUCGAACAUCUAAAGCUUCCUCAUGAUUCUCUUGAAGGCUAUCAACAUCUUGAAGUGGAAGAUGAUGUGACUUCUGAGUCUGAUUAUUGCUAUGGUGGCUUAACUUGUUCUGAUUCUGAUGUUGAAAUGGAUUAUAAUACAUUUUUGUCAAUGUUGUGAUGUUGAAUGAGGCGAUGGGUUAUGGCUAGGUGAACUCUAUGUUACCAUGAACUCAGCUUUAGACGUCUUGAAGUUCUCUUUUUUUUUUUGGAUGUAGGUGCAGCUGUUACGUUCCAGAGCGUCUUUUGAAUUUGGAAUUACUGUUUUUGGAUGAAGGUGUAGCUGUUUAGUUCCAAAACAACUGCCUUUUUUGGCUUUUGGCAGGAAAGUUGAAUUUGGUUUUUACUUUUUGGCUGAUGGUUCAUGAAUGUAAUUUUAAACUUCCAUACAGUUAUGGUCAUUUAUCUAUCUUUGUGCUUGAAUUCUUGUAAACACUGAAGAUGAUGGUUUGGGAUUUUAUCAUAUGUAAUAUGUUCUUCGAAUUGA